CCUCUGGUGUCCCCGCAGGACCCCCCGCUGACGCUGCAGCUGCUGUUCCUGGACGGGGAGGAGGCGUUCGGCACCUGGAGCGAGAGCGACUCGCUCUACGGGGCGCGGCACCUGGCGGGGACGAUGGCGGCCAGGGCACACCCCGCGGGGUCGGAGCUCACCGCCAUGAGCCUGCUGGUGCUGCUGGACCUGCUGGGCGCCCCCAGCCCCGCCAUCCACAGCCACUUCCCGCAGAGCCACCGCUGGUUCCUGCGCCUGGCCGCCAUCGGUGCGACACCGGGGGACACGGGGGGGGACACGGGGACAGGG